GCGGGCUGUGGAUACCCCCAGCAGUGCAAGCCACCACUACCAAAGGAGCAGUCUGUGAGCUGCCAGCCCUCUGGACUGCCUAGAGAAAACAAGUCUCUCUCUCUAUGCUUGGAAAAGUGCAAAACCUCUGAACACUACAAACCUAUUCGAGAAAGUCAGCUCCCUGUGUACCUGAAAAGGCACUCUGGUCAAAGCAAAUCUUUUUACACAUUUUCCAAAAGCAAACAUGCCUGCUGAACACUGCGAGGUGUCUGAACUAAUUGAAGCCAUGGAUUCAAAUGGGUCUUCUGCGCAUUCUGCUGAACCCUGCAUUAUUUCGGACGAAAUAAAAAACUCUUUGGACUAUACUGAACACCAAAAGGUCAAUGGACAAAUGGAUCCCGCUGUGCAUAGUGUCGAUCAUUACAGCAUGAAUGGAGAACAUGCAGAAGAGAGCAAACCUUCUGUGCAUUAUAAUGGACAUUCUGGGGGCUUUGAGCAAUGCAUCAACAAGCCUUGUGAGGACUAUCCUGUUCUCCACAAGCACACUACUCAGGAUAAGUCUUCUGAGUUAAGCAAAUCAUUUGAAGAAUGUUCUCAACAUUGUGAGUGCUUUGACUUCAGCAAGUCCUCUGAGCACUGUGCUAAUGUAUUUAGCCAACACUGUGAACAUUUCACAGAAUGCUUCCAGUCAUCUGAACAAUGCAAGUCUUCUGAUCAACACUGUAACUCCUUUGAGUCAAGUGAACCUGCUGAGAACUCUGAGUUUUUAGAGCAAUGUAAGAUAUCUGACUUCAUUCCUGAUAUCUCUGAACCGAAUGAAUCAAUCAUAACAUUUGAGCACUGUACUGGAAUUUGUGAGUAUUCAGAAAAAUACAAUCAUAUUGAACACUCAGCAGAAUAUAAUGAGACUACAAAGCCAUUUGACGAGAAUUUAAAGCCCUCUGAGCCAACAGUUCAACAAAUUGAAAUCUGUGGGCUUUUUGACUCUGAGUUUUGCAUUAUAUUAGAACCUAUACGUUCUUCAGAUUUGAACAUGCCUUCUCAACACUAUGCUGAACAAGAUGCUCCCAAUGAAAGUAGACAGAUCUCUGCAGUUCAUGAACCUUCUGAGCAAACUCUGCUUGCUGAACAAAGCAAUCAUCAAUCUGCUGAAUAUGAUAUAUCCUCUGGACACUGUGAACUGCAGUGUGAACAGUCUGAGCGAUGUAAUUCUUGUGAGAGCUAUCUUUGUCAACAUCAAAGCACAAAUGACAAAUGCUAUGAGCCUAGCAGUUCAUUUUAUUAUGAGGAAGACAAGUCUUCUGAGUGCUCAUCCAUUGAAACAAGGUCUUUUGAAUCUUUGAUAUAUGACAGUAUAAAUGCAGACCCAUUAACUGAUUCAGUUGAAUCAUAUGAAGCAUUAGUGGAAGAAGGAGCACAGGACAAAUCCAGUGAUGAUCAAACUCAAUUCUAUUCAGAGAUAUGGGAAUCAUUUGAUAAUUGUGCAGAUGUGGUAGAAUGUGAGGAAAGCAAUGCUGAUGAAGACAAACCUCACUCGGAUGCAGUGGUUGUUGAGGAAUUCUUUGACUUAUUUGAUAAAGAGGAUACUUGUGCUUUUGCUCAAAGGCGACCUUAUACCUCCUGUUUUGAAGGGGGAGGGGUGCAUGAGCUGUUUUUCGAACAACACAAAACUCAUGUGUCCAUUAUGAAUGUGGAAGAAACACAAAUGCCCUGCGCAAAAAAAACGCUUGAAGUUUUUAGUCAAGAAGUGGAAGAAGUUGAUGAAUCUUAUGAUGCUUGUGCUGAGGAUCGACAAUUUAAUGUAGACUGUGCUGAUGAUGAGGCAUCAGCCUCUGGAUCCUUUGCAGAUGAGGAAUCAUGUGAAUCUUGUUUUGAAGAAGCCACAGCUUAUGAAGUUGAGUUGUAUGAAGCUUUUGUAGCAGAAGACAAUGCUAUAGAGGCUGAGGCCUAUGAGCCCUUUGUUGAGGAAGAUGAACUUUGCAUUGCUGAAAAUAAAGCUGGUGACGCUCAGGUCAAUGGACCCUUAGUUGAUGAGGACAACAAGUACGACGAACACAGUGCAGAGGAAGCUUCUCAUGGAUCCUCUUCUGACGUGUCUUCUGUUGAAGAUGAUGAAGCAUAUGAGGGUCAAAAAGAUCAAACUGGUGUACCAUGCUUUGAAGAAGAGAGAAUCUGUGAUGAAGAAAUCCAGACAAUAUGCAUCGCAGAAGACAAAUUAUACAAAGCUUAUGGAUCCUAUGAGCCGUGUGAUAAAGAUUGCGAUGCAUAUGGCAGUGAACAUACACAAUUCUCAACCGAAGGGGAAAAUAAUGCACUAUGCACUGAGGCCUGUGAACCAAGUGCUGAAGAGCACAAUGAAUAUCAACGUGAAGCCAAUGAAUCUAAUGUUAAUCAAGAAGCUAAUGGAUUCUGUACUGAAGAAGACUCUCAUGAUCGGUGUAAUGAAAGAUUGGAUUAUGCCAGCACUCCUGAGUCUGAUGGAGUCUGCACUGAGGAGGGAAAGAAUGAUGCUCCAUGUGCUGAGGAGAAUGAAUCUCCUGAAUCAUUUGAGGUUAUAACGAAAGACACUGCAUUAUGCACUGAAGGAAGCAAACCAGCUAUGCCUGAUGGUAUUGAAUUCAAUUGGGAUCAAACUGAUUCCUCCACAACCUCUUCCGAAGAGAUAGAUGAGCAAAACAUGUCAUCUGAAUUGUGUGAGCAGCUGAACACACCAUAUCUGUCUCAGAACUGGGAGGAACACAAUGGGGUCUCAGAUCAUCUCCAACGCCCAGAUUCAGAGGACCUUUCAGAGCAGGUGUCUGAGAAAACAAGUCUCCCUCUCGAUGGUGCUGAACAUAGUAAAGACUCAAUAGACAGCGAGCCACUUGCACAUCAUGCCGAACAAACAGAGCCCUCUGAACAAAGUGAGCUGGAUGAGAAAACGGAGUCGCAUGAAUUUUUUAAGAUUGUGGCCUCUGAACAACUUAGAGAUGAGUCUGAGGAGGAGCUGAGUGACGAGGAGCCCUUGCAGUCCUGUGAAUGCGAGUACUGCAUCCUGCCUAGAGAACAGGUAUUUCAAGGUCUUUGCACCUUGCUUGAAAUGCACUGGAAUAGCUGUGACAUGCACCUAAUUUGAUCAGUUUUACGUUUAGAAAUUUCAGAAGUGUGGAAUAUGAACGUUUCUCAUGGAGUGACAACAAACUGAAAUUUACAAGAGAAAAUAGUGAAAUGUGUUUGUCUAAAUAUUAGGCCUAUUUUUUAAUGUUUUAAUUUUUCACAAAUUGUUAAUUUAGUGUUAGCUUUACAUGUGUUGGCUUUGGAUUGAAUUUGUGAGAACACAACUAAAAUAGAGGAGGAUAUGGCUGAACAUAAGGUUCUUAUUGCUUGGCACAACAGGUGGUAUUUACAGUGGCUUGCAAAAGUAUUCACCCCCCUUGGCAUUUUUCCUAUUUUGUUGCCUUACAACCUGGAAUUAAAUUUGAUUUUUGGGGGGGUUGUAUCAUUUGAUUUACACAACAUGCCUACCACUUUGAAGAUGCAACAUAUUUUCUAUUGUGAAACAAACAAGAAAUAAGGCAAAAAAACAGAAAACCUGAGCGUGCAUAACUAUUCACCCCCCCCCUGCCCCAACCCAAAUUCGAUACAUUGUAGAGCCACCUUUUGCAGCAAUUACAGCUGCAAGUCUCUUGGGGUAUGUCUCUAUAAGCUUGGCACAUCUAGCCACUGGGAUUUUUGCCCAUUCUUCAAGACUAAACUGAUCCAGCUCCUUCAAGUUGGAUGGGUUCCGCUACUGUACAGCAAUCUUUAAGUCAUACCAUUCUCAAUUGGAUUGAGGUCUGGGCUUUGACUAGGCCAUUCCAAUACAUUUAACUGUUUCCCCUUAAACCACUCAAGUGUUGCUUUAGCUGUAUGCUUAGGGUAAUUUUCCGGCUGGAAGGUGAACCUCCUUCCCAGUCUCAAAUCUCUGGAAGACUGAAACAGGUUUCCCUCAAGAAUUUCCCUCUAUUUAGCACCAUCUCAUUCCUUCAAUUCUGACCAGUUUCCUAGUCCUUGCCGAUGAAAAACAUCCCCACAGCAUGAUGCUGCCACCACCAUGCUUCACUGUGGGGAUGGUGUUUUCGGGGUGAUGAGAGGUGUUGGUUUUGCGCCAGAAAUAACGUUUUCCUUGAUGGCCAAAAAGCUCAAUUUUAGUCUCAUCUGACCAGAGUACCUUCUUCCAUAUGUUUGGGGAGUCUCCCAUAUGCCUUUUGGCGAACACCAAACGUGUUUGCUUAUUUAUUUUUUAAGCAAUGGCUUUUUUCUGGCCGCUCUUCCAUAAAGCCCAGCUCUGUGGAGUGUACGGCUUAAAGUGGUACUAUGGACAGAUACUCCAAUCUCCACUGUGGAGCUUUGCAGCUCCUUCAGGGUUAUCUUUGGUCUUUGUUGCCUCUCUGAUUAAUGCCCUCCUUGCCUGGUCCGCGAGUUUUGGUGGGCGGCCCUGUCUUGGCAGGUUUGUUGUGGUUCUUUCCAUUUUUUAAUAAUGGAUUUAAUGGUGCUCCGUGGGAUGUUCAAAGUUUCUGAUAUUUUUUAAUAACCCAACCCUGAUCUGUACUUCUCCGCAACUUAGUCCCUGACCUGUUUGGAGAGCUCCUUGGUCUUCAUGGUGCCGCUUGCUUGGUGGUGCCCCUUGCUUAGUGGUGUUGCAGACUCUGGGGCCUUUCAGAACAGGUGUAUAUAUACUGAUAUCAUGUGACAGAUCAUGUGACACUUAGAUUGUACACAGGUGGACUUUAUUUAACUAAUUAUGUGACAUCUGAAGCUAAUUGGUUGUACCAUAUAUUAUUUAGGGGCUUCAUAGCAAAGGGGGUGAAUACAUAUGCACACACCACUUUUCAAUUUUUUUGAAUAUUUUGAAACAAGUAAUUUUUUUCAUCAUUUGGCUGCUCAUUGACCUAACAUCUAACUAUUUAUUUUCAGGUCCCGGCAAAACCUCUGCUACCUCAAAUCAAGUCAAAAGACUCAGGGAAGAUCUGUGUGGUGAUUGAUUUGGAUGAAACGUUAGUGCACAGUUCAUUCAAGGUAAGCUGACAUGAGCGACCUGCUCUUUGAGGACAAAUGCUAACAGAGUAUACUUGAUUGAUUUCCACUCUCUCUUUAUUACUAAUUAGUAAAGCGUAAUAAAAAAGUAUAAUUUAUUUGAUAAAGAGCAUUGUUUUGUUUUUCUUUGUCCAUACCAAUAUGAAUUUAUUAACCCUUUACACUUGUGGUAAUUGGCCUACAUGGAUAGGGCAACAUUUUAACGUUUCUAGCAGAAUAAAUAUGAGACAAAUAUGCAUAACCAUGGUAGAAAUUGAAAGGGAACACUUUGGAUAUUAUGGGGAAAUUAUCAGAUCAAAAGUGAGGACCCAACGGUUCACUUGACACAAGACUGAAUCCAAACAUCACACUGUUGAUUUUUUUUUUUUUUUUUACAUUUACUGUACUUUUCGCAGCAUUUGUUGAUUACAAAAUCUGAAAAUACUCUAAAUAAAUUCUGUAACAUAAUAACAAUAGUCAUGGAAAGUUUGGGGUAGGUGCAACAUGAGACACAAAAAUGACAAGGGUUUGAGUGAGAGGUCUAACUAGUGUCUAGAGUAUGCACAAUCAGCUAGUUGAUCCCAUAGACUUCCAGUCAUUGCGAUGAUGCAAAUGGCUUUAGAAACAACCUUCACUUCCUUCAAACUGCACACAGACAUAAAAAUGGUAUCCAUGAGUUCAUCUGACUCUGGGUAAGUAAUUGUCAAACUCUCACACUAUCCCUUUAAAGAAUACAAUUGAAUUCCAGGUAACCUUUUACACCUGGUAUUGAAAUUAUAGUCCAUAUCAAAUAUUGUCUGAUAUGCCCCUUCCUGUUUACAACCUUCCUAUAUUUGUGUCAUGUAUCCAUUGUGAUGAGAUUUAUUUGGAAUAUUAAUUGAUGUUAAUUAAUGUUUAUUUAGGUAAUCAACUGCAGUUACUAUUAAACUUGCUUCUAGCGAGUAUUCUUAUCUAAAGUGAGUGAAAAAAGUAUUUGAUCCCCUGCUGAUUUUGUACGUUUGCCCACUGACAAAGACAUGAUCAGUCUAUAAUUUUAAUGGUAGGUUUAUUUGAACAAUGAGAGACAGAAUAACAUCAAAAAGAAUCCAGAAAAACGCAUGUCAAAAAUGUUAUAAAUUGAUUUGCAUUUUAAUGAGGGAAAUAAGUAUUUGACCCCUCUGCAAAACAUGACUUAGUACUUGGUGGCAAAAGCCUUGUUGGCAAUCACAGAGGUCAGACGUUUCUUGUAGUUGGCCACCAGGUUUGCACACAUCUCAGGAGGGAUUUUGUCCCACUCCUCUUUGCAGAUCUUCUCCAAGUCAUUAAGGUUUCGAGGCUGACGUUUGGCAACUCGAACCUUCAGCUCCCUCCACAGAUUUUCUAUGGGAUUAAGGUUUGGAGACUGGCUAGGCCACUCCAGGACCUUAAUGUGCUUCUUCUUGAGCCGCUCCUUUGUUGCCUUAGCCGUGUGUUUUGGGUCAUUGUCAUGCUGGAAUACCCAUCCACGACCCAUUUUCAAUGCCCUGGCGGAGGGAAGGAGGUUCUCACCCUAGAUUUGAUGGUACAUGACCCCGUCCAUCGUCCCUUUGAUGCGGUGAAGUUGUCCUGUCCCCUUAGCAGAAAAACACCCCCAAAGCAUUAUGUUUCCACAUCCAUGUUUGACGGUGGGGAUGGUGUUCUUGGGGUCAUAGGCAGCAUUCCUCCUCCUCCAAACACGGCGAGUUGAGUUGAUGCCAAAGAGCUCAAUUUUGGUCUCAUCUGACCACAACACUUUCACCCAGUUCUCCUCUGAAUCAUUCAGAUGUUCAUUGGCAAACUUCAGACGGGUCUGUAUAUGUGCUUUCUUGAGUAGGGGGACCUUGCGCUGCAGGAUUUCAGUCCUUCACGGCGUAGUGUGUUACCAAUUGUUUUCUUGGUGACUAUGGUCCCAGCUGCAUUGAGAUCAUUGACAAGAUCCUCCCGUGUAGUUCUGGGCUGAUUCCUCACCGUUCUCAUGAUCAUUGCAACUCCACGAGGUGAGAUCUUGCAUGAAGCCCCAGGCCGAGGGAGAUUGACAGUCUUUUAUGUUUCUUCCAUUUGCGAAUAAUCCACCAACUGUUGUCACCUUCUCACCAAGCUGCUUGGCGAUGGUCUUGUAGCCCAUUCCAGCCUUGUGUAGGUCUACAAUCUUGUCCCUGACAUCCUUGGAAAGCUCUUUGGUCUUGACCAUGGUGGAGAGUUUGGAAUCUGAUUGAUUGAUUUAUUCUGUGAACAGGUGUCUUUUAUACAGGUAACAAACUGAGAUUAGGAGCACUCCCUUUAAGAGUGUGCUCCUAAUCUCAGCUCGUUACCUGUAUAAAAGACACCUGGGAGCCAGAAAUCAUUCUGAUUGAGAGGGGGUCAAAUACUUAUUUCCCUCAUUAAAAUGCAAAUCAAUUUAUAAAAUGUUGGACAUGCAUUUUUCUGGAUGUAUUUGUUGUUAUUCUGUCUCUCACUGUUCAAAUAAACCUAGCAUUAAAAUUAUAGACUGAUAAUUUCUUUGUCAGUAGGCAAACGUACAAAAUCAGCAGGGGAUCAAAUAGUUUUUUCCCUCACUGUGUGCUACUCGGUAUAUCCACGAUUGGCUGCAUAAUGGGCAUAAUGUGCUCUUGCCUACCACAGGUGGUCUUGGCAAUCUAAUCACAGUCUGUCCCAAAGGGUGUCACCAGAUAGGCCACAGGUUUAAACUGUCAAUGAAAGUGGCAGCAUUUGAUUGAAGGCGAGUCACAAGGUGUAGUGUGUAUAUAACUGGAUUGAUUGUCCAAAAAAGUAAUAGAGCGGAACUUAUUGUAAAUGAAAUAUUUUGAUUCUCUGAGAAACAUAUUUCAUGUCAUAUUCUCUGAGAGAUAUACAGUUUGUCCUAUUCUAAUUUAAGUUGGCUUGUUUGCUUCCAUAAUAUGGCAACUUUUAUUGAUUUCAGAGUAAUACUGUAAAUUUGGGUGUAUGUAUUCAACUAGAAUACCAAUAGAAAUGUCAAAAACUUGAUUUUCAAUCAUCUUUAAUUACAUGUUACAGAGUAGUUUUAAAAAAGUGUCUUAUUGUUUUAUUUACGAGUGAUUUCAGAUUGGCAUCAACCCUGUGCUCACUGACCUGGAUGUCUGGGUGGCUACUACAUGCUAGUGGUGGGGAGUAAGAGAGGGGACAUUGAAAACCGGGACAUUUUGAAUCACUGACAUCUGUUUAAAUGGAUUUGAAAUUAUUUUGUUAUCUAUGCAUGUGAACCAAUGACCAUGAGGAAGCUAGUGAUGUGAACAAGUCUGGUGUCCUGGUAGAACUUCCACAGAGCAAAAGCAAGUGCCUCUCCAAAAUUUGCUAGUGUCAAAUUCUGACAUGGUGUCCGACGUGGCAUGGAGUCAAAAAUGUUCAAGUAAAACCUUGAAAACAUUCUAACUAUGUGUAUUUAACAAAACCCAUGCAUAUAACUACAGUGCCUUCAGAAAGCAUUCAUACCCCUUGACGUAUUCCACAUUUUGUUGUGUUACAGCCUGAAUUCAAACAAUUUCUGUCACCCAUCUACACACAGUAAUACCCCAUAAUGACAGCAAAUUUAUUGAAAAUGAAAUACAGAAAUAUCUCACUUACAUAAGUAUUCACACCCCUGAGUCAAUACUUUGUGGAAGCAACUUUGGCAGCAAUUACAGUUGUGACUCUUUCUUGGUAAGUCUCUAAGAGCUUUCCACACCUGGAUUGUGCAACAUUUGCCCAUUAUUAUUUUCAAAAUUCUUCAAGAUCUGUCAAAUUGGUUGUUGAUCAUUGCUAAACAACCAUUUCCAGGUCUUGCCAUAGAUUUCAGUCAAGACUGUAACUCAGCCACUCAGGAACAUUCACAUUUUGCCUGUGCUUACCUCCAUUCCAUUUAUUUUUUAUCCUGAAAAACUCCCCAGUCCUUAACGAUUACAAGUAUACCCAUAACAUGAUGCAGCCACCACUAUGCUUGAAGAGCAUAGUAUGGAGAGUGGUACUCAUCUCCUGAGUGGCGCAGUGGUCUAAGGCACUGCAUCGCAGUGCUAACUGUGCCACUAGAGAUCCUGGUUCGAAUCCAGGCUCUGUCGCAGCCGGCCGCGACCGGGAGACUCAUGGGCGGCGCACAAUUGGCCCAGCGUCGUCCAGGGUAGGGGAGGGAAUGGCCAGUAUAAAAAAAUAAAUAAAAAAAUUAAUGUUUCACUAACUGUAAGUUGCUCUGGAUAAGAGCGUCUGCUAAAUGACUAAAAAUAAAUAAAUAAAAAAAACUCAGUAAUGUGUUGUAUUGGAUUUGCCCCAAACAUAACACUUUAUAUUCAGGACCAAAAGGUAAUUGCUUUGCCAAAUUUUUUGCAGUAUUACUUUAGUGCCUUGUUGCAGGAUGCAUUUUUUAAAUAUAUACUGUAUAUAUUUUUUAUUCUGUACAGGCUUCCUUUUCACUCUGUCAAUUAGGUUAACAGUGUGGAGUAACUAUAAUUUUGGUUGAUUGAUCUUCAGUUUUCUCCUAUCACUGUAACUGUUUUAAAGUCACCAUUGGCCUCAUUGUGAAAUCCCUGAGCGGUUUCCUUCCUCUCCGGCAACUGAGUUAGGAAGGACACCUGUGUCUUUGUAGUGACUGAGUGUAAUGACACACAAUCCAAAGUAAUUAAUAACUUCACCAUGCUCAAAGGGAUGUUAAAUGUCAACUUUUUAGUUUUUACCCAUCUACCAAUAGAUCCCCUUCUUUGCGAGGCACUGGAAAAUCUCCCUGGUCUUUGUGGUUGAAUCUUUGUUUGAAAUUCACUGCUCGACUGAUUGCCCUUACAUAUAAUGUGUGAGGUACAGAGAUGAGGUAGUCAUUAAAAAAAUCAUGUUAAACACUAUUAUUGCACACACAGUGAGUCCAUGCAACUUAUUAUGUGACUUGUUAAGCAAAUUUGUACUCCUGAACUUAUUUAGGCUUGCUGUAACAAAGGGGUUGAAUACUUAUUGUAGCUUAAUUUGUAAUGAAUAAUUCCACUUGACAUUAUGGGGUAUUGUGUGUAGGCCAGUGACAUAAAAUUCUCAAUUUUAAAUUCAGGCUGUAACACAACAAAAUGUGGAAAAAGUCAAGGGGUGUGAAUACUUUCUGAAGGCACUGUAUACGUAUGUAAUGUGUGAUGUAUGUAAUGCUAGACUCAACAUUACUUCAUAGACUAUGAAUAGACUAUGAAUUUAGGUCAUGGUGUCCUACAUAGCACAUACUCGUGAUUAACCUAACAUUUGAGAGACAUAUUUUAGGUAUAAGAACCAUCUAAAUAAAUCACACUUUUAUGGGUGUUGUCAAAUACAGUAUAUUUCGGUGACUCAAAUGGAAACAUAUUACUUACAUACUGUUAUUUCUGAAGUCGCUGAUGGUGAGCCUUUAAUUUCGCUUUACAGUCUUUACAAGCUUGUAAAGCACAUGUUUAAUGACUUCAUUCAAACAUAUUUUUUAUAAUAUAAAACCCCCCACAAACUAGAGUUAAUGUGUUCCGUACAAGCUUGUAAAGCACGUUUAAUGACUUAAUUCAAACAAACUGUUCUGUUCUUGAUUCUUAAAUGGUAUGUUCUUGCUCCCAACAGCCUAUGAACAAUGCUGAUUUGACCAUUCCAGUGGAAAUUGAUGGAACCAUUCACCAGGUAAGUGUGACUCUUUUGAGUUUCAAUUCUUAGCCUUUUUCACAGGUUCUGUCCUUCAUAGAUCCACAAUGAAAGCAGCAGUAAAGUGGCCAUGACCUCAAAUAAAAUUAUAGAAUCUAAUCUCCGUGAUAUCCGUGCUAUGUUGGAAUGCCUCUCCUUCGUUACGAAAGUUUUUCUUUAGUUCAAAGUGGACUUUUUUUUCCACCAUUGUUUACUCAGUGACACUGUUUGUGCUAUAGCGCUAGUGCACUAGGCUAGCAAUCUGACAGAGCUUUGGCCUUCUCUGUUGACGGGUCCGAGCAGCAGGUGGCUAUUUCUGUGGGCUGACGAAACAAGGAAGUAUGACUGGCUUCUUAGAAAUCACUGGGCCCAUCAAUCUUAGUCCCUAGCGCAGAUUCUGCCCAGUCCAUUGGAAAUCACAUCGGGAGAUUGCAGGAACUGAUGCAGUUUUGCUUAGUUUAAAGGCUAACUCCAGACAGAAGACAGAAGAACACUCCUGUUUUAUACUCCAGGCCUGGGUCUGUUUCAAGUAAUCCAGGAUAGGCUUGUUUAAGUGGGGACAGCCAAUUCAGGAUGACUUGGUUCAGGAACAAGGCUGAUAGCGUCAUGCUCUUUCGAGAAAUGGAUGUGAGCAGAAAUGGAGUGAAAUGUCUAUAUUGACAGGCAUAUCCUUCCAUAUACAGAUAAUAGGCGGCACCUAGAGUUGCAAAGGGAGGGUAUAUUACUGUUAACUUUUGAAGUGUACCAGUAAACGAUUAGAAUUUGUAUAACUUUCAAGGAUUUUGGGGAAUUUUACAAGGUUACUUCUGGUGACCUUUUGGGUACUUCAGAUUAUUACAGGUGUCUGUAAUUAUCUAUGGCCCUCUGUGUGGCCUUAUCACAUGUACAAUAUAUACAAUAAUAAAAUAAGAUUUUUUAAAUAUAUAAUUACAAAGCUGUAAAGCAUUAUCCUUAAUAUAAACCAGGGAUGUGCAACUUUGAUGGGGGUGGGGGCCACAACGAAUCUGAACUCUAAUUCGACCUUAAUUACUACAAGUUUAGAUAGCUGGCCACUAGACUAAUUUACCAAUCUAAAAAAUUUUAGCUGAAAUGGGCUAAUUGAGUGAAAAACAGUGACUGAGAUAACAAGAGAAAAUAUUUUUAUGCACAACCAAAUGUCGAAAUUGCACCUUGUGUUCUACUAUUCUACCUCGCAACAGUAAGUUGAGAACCUGAUUGAGGGGAAAUUGAUCCGAGGGUCAGGCCGCUAAAUUGCCGAUCCCUGAUAUAAACCAUUAACUUAGUGAAACCAUUUGUGUUUAAUAUUUCUGGGUUUCAGAAUGAAAUAUCAUUUAUAUAUGUUUUGUACACUUAUUUUAUUUUACUUUUAAACGUUUUGGUGCCAAACUGGUGGCAGUUGGGAAAAAUCCUAAAGUUUGAAGAGUUGCAGAGUUAAUUGAAAAUAAUGCCAUUGUUGAUAAGAUGCUUUUUUCAUUAAUUAGGCUAUUUUCUCUUGAAACAUAUGCUUUAUCCACUAGAAACUCAUGGACAAUAUGGACAGAUAUAAAAAAUGAAUACUAUACUGAACAAAAAUAUAAACGCAACAUGUCAAGUGUUGGUCCCAUGUUUCAUGAGCAGAAAUAAAAGAUCCCAGAAAUGUUCCAUACGCACAAAAAGCUUAAUUAUCUAAAAUGUUUUGCACAAAUUUGUUUACAUCCCUGUUAGUGAGCAAAUCCCCCUUUGCCAAGAUAAUCCAUCCACCUGAAAGGUGUGGCAUGUCAAGAAGCUGAUAAACAGCAUGAUCAUUACACGGGUGCACCUUGUGCUGGGGACAAUAAAAGGCCACUCUAAAAUGUGCAGUUUUGUCACACAACACAAUGCCACAGAUGUCUCAAGUUUUGAAGGAGUGUGCAAUUGGCAUGCUGACUGCAGGAAUGUCCACCAAAGCUGUUGCCAGAGAAUUGAAUGUCAUUUCUCUGCCGUAAGCCGCCUCCAACGUCGUUUUAGAGAAUUUGAAGGUCCAGCCCAGGACCUCCACAUCCGGCAUCUUCACCUGCGGAAUCGUCUGAGACCAGCCACCCGGACAGCUGAUGCAACUGAGGAGUAUUUCUCUGUAAUAAUGCCCUUUUGUGGGGAAAAACUCAUUCUGAUUGGCUGGGCCUGGCUUCCAAGUGGGUGGGCAUUGCUCCCCAGUUGGUGGGCCUAUGCCCUCCCAGGUCCACCCAUGGCUGCGCCCCUGCCCAGUAGUGUGAAAUCCAUAGAUUAGGGCCUAAUUUAUUUAUUUUAAUUGACUGAUUUCCUUAUAUAAAUAAAUAAAAUAAAUAAAUAUGCCAUUUAGCAGACGCUUUUAUCCAAAGCGACUUAUUUUUUAUUAAUUUUUUUUUAUUUCACAUUUAACCAGGUAAACCAGUUGAGAACAAGUUCUCAUUUACAACUGCGACCUGGCCAAGAUAAAGCAAAGUAGUGCGAUAAAAACAACAACACAGAGUUACAUAUGGGGUAAAACAAAACAAAGUCAAAAAUACAACAGAAAUAAAUAUAUAUACAGUGUGUGCAAAUGUAGCAAGUUAUGGAGGUAAGGCAAUAAAUAGGCUAUAGUGCAAAAUAAUUACAAUUAGUAUUAACACUGGAAUGAUAGAUGUGCAAGAGAUGAUGUGCAAAUAGAGAUACUGGGGUACAAAUGAGCAAAAUAAAUAACAAUAUAGGGAUGAGGUAGUUGGGCGGGCUAAUUUCAGAUGGGCUGUGUACAGGUGCAGUGAUCGGUAAGGUGCUCUGACAACUGAUGCUUAAAGUUAGUGAGGGAGAUAAGUGUCUCCAGCUUCAGAGAUUUUUGCAAUUUGUUCCAGUCAUUGGCAGCAGAGAACUGGAAGGAAUGGCGGCCAAAGGAGGUGUUGGCUUUGGGGAUGACCAGUGAGAUAUACCUGCUGGAGCGCAUACUACGGGUGGGUGUUGCUAUGGUGACCAAUGAGCUAAGAUAAGGCGGGGAUUUGCCUAGCAGUGAUUUAUAGAUGGCCUGGAGCCAGUGGGUUUGGCGACGAAUAUGUAGUGAGGACCAGCCAACAAGAGCGUACAGGUCACAGUGGUGGGUAGUAUAUGGGGCUUUGGAGACAAAACGGAUGGCACUGUGAUAGACUACAUCCAAUUUGCUGAAUAGAGUGUUGGAGGCUAUUUUGUAAAUGACAUCGCCGAAGUCAAGGAUCGGUAGGAUAGUCAGUUUUACGAGGGCAUGUUUGGCAGCAUGAGUGAAGGAGGCUUUGUUGCGAAAUAGGAAACCGAUUCUAGAUUUAACUUUGGAUUGGAGAUUCUUAAUGUGAGUCUGGAAGGAGAGUUUACAGUCUAACCAGACACCUAGAUAUUUGUAGUUGUCCACAUACUCUAGGUCAGACCCGUCGAGAGUAGUGAUUCUAGUCGGGUGGGCGGGUGCAAGCAGCGUUCGGUUGAAGAGCAUGCAUUUAGUUUUACUAGUGUUUAAGAGCAGUUGGAGGCUACUGAAGGAGUGUUGUAUGGCAUUGAAGCUCGUUUGGAGGUUUGUUAACACAGUGUCCAAUGAAGGGCCAGAUGUAUACAAAAUGGUGUCGUCUGCGUAGAGGUGGAUCUGAGAGUCACCAGCAGCAAGAGCGAUGUCAUUGAUAUACACAGAGAAAAGAGUCGGCCCAAGAAUUGAACCCUGUGGCACCCCCAUAGAGACUGCCAGAGGUCCAGACAACAGGCCCUCUGAUUUGACACAUUGAACUCUAUCUGAGAAGUAGUUGGUGAACCAAGCGAGGCAGUCAUUUGAGAAACCAAGGCUAUUUAGUCUGCCAAUAAGAAUGCGGUGGUUGACAGAGUCAAAAGCCUUGGCCAGGUCAAUGAAAACGGCUGCACAGUACUGUCUAUUAUCGAUCGCGGUUAUAAUAUCGUUUAGGACCUUGAGCGUGGCUGAAGUGCACCCAUGACCAGCUCGGAAACCGGAUUGCAUAGCGGAGAAGGUACGUUGGGAUUCGAAAUGGUCGGUGAUCUGUUUGUUAACUUGGCUUUCAAAAACUUUUGAAAGGCAGGGCAGGAUGGAUAUAGGUCUGUAACAGUUUGGAUCUAGAGUGUCACCCCCUUUGAAGAGGGGGAUGACCGCGGCAGCUUUCCAAUCUCUGGGGAUCUCAGACGUUACGAAAGAGAGGUUGAACAGGCUAGUAAUAGGGGUUGCGACAAUUUCGGCGGCUAAUUUUAGAAAGAAAGGGUCCAGAUUGUCUAGCCCAGAUGAUUUGUAGGGGUCCAGAUUUUGCAGCUCUUUCAGAACAUCAGCUGUCUGGAUUUGUGUGAAGGAGAAGCGGGGUGGGGGCAUGGGCAAGUUGCAGCGGAGGAUGCAGAGCUGGUGGCCGGGGUAGUGGUAGCCAGGUGGAAAGCAUGGCCAGCCGUAGCAAAAUGCUUGUUGAAAUUCUCGAUUAUUGUAGAUUUAUCGGUGGUGAUAGUGUUUCCUAGCCUCAGUGCAGUGGGCAGCAGGGAGGAAGUGCUCUUAUUUUCCAUGGACUUUACAGUGUCCCAAAACUUUUUGGAGUUAGUGCUACAGGAUGCAAAUUUCUGUUUGAAAAAGUUAGCCUUUGCUUUCCUAACUGCUUGUGUAUAUUGGUUCCUAACUUCCCUGAAAAGUUGCAUAUCGCGGGGGCUAUUUGAUGCUAAUGCAGUUCGCCACAGGAUGUUUUUGUGCUGGUCAAGGGCAGUCAAGUCUGAGGAGAACCAGGGGCUAUAUCUGUUCUUAGUUCUGUAUUUUUUGAAUGGGGCAUGUUUAUUUAAGAUUGAGAGGAAAUUACUUUUAAAGAACAACCAGGCAUCCUCUACUGACGGAAUGAGAUCUAUAUCCAUCCAGGAUACCUGGGGCAGGUCAAUUAGGAAGGCCUGCUCGCUGAAGUGUUUUUGGGAGCGUUUGACAGUGAUGAGGGGUGGUCGUUUGACCGCGGACCCGUUACGGACGCAGGCAAUAAGGCAGUGAUCGCUGAGAUCCUGGUUGAAGACAGCAGAGGUGUAUUUAGAGGGUAAGUUAGUCAGGAUGAUAUCUAUGAGGGUACCCAUGUUUACGGAUUUAGGGUUGUACCUGGUAGGUUCGUUGAUAAUUUGUGUGAGAUUGAGGGCAUCUAGUUUAGAUUGUAGGAUGGCUGGGGUGUUAAGCAUAUCCCAAUUUAGGUCACCAAGCAGUACGAACUCUGAGGAUAGAUGGGGGGCAAUCAAUUCACAUAUGGUGUCCAGGGCACAGCUGGGGGCUGAGGGGGGUCUGUAGCAAGCGGCAACAGUGAGAGAUUUAUUUCUGGAAAGGUGGAUUUUUAGAAGUAGAAGCUCAAACUGUUUGGGCACAGACCUGGAUAGUAUGAUAGAGCUCUGCAGGCUAUCUCUACAGUAGAUUGCAACUCCACCCCCUUUGGCAGUUCUAUCUAGACGGAAAAUGUUAUAGUUGGGGAUGGAAAUUUCAGAAUUUUUGGUGGCCUUCCUAAGCCAGGAUUCAGACACUGCUAGAACAUCAGGGUUGGCGGAGUGUGCUAACGCAGUGAAUAACUCAAACUUAGGAAGGAGGCUUCUGAUAUUUACGUGCAGAAAACCAAGACUUUUACGGUUACAGAAGUCAACAAAUGAUAGCUCCUGGGGAAUAGGAGUGAUACUGGGGGCUGCAGGGCCUGGGUUAGCCUCUACAUCACCAGAGGAACAGAGGAGGACUAGAAUAAGGAUACGACUAAAGGCUUUAAGAACUGGUCUUCUAGUGCGUUGGGUACAUAGAAUAAAGGGGGCAGUUCUCCGGGCGUUGUAGAAAAGAUUCAGGGCAUUAUGUACAGAAAAGGAUAUGGAAGGAUAUGAGUACAGUUCAGGUAACCCUAAGCGUUGGGUAACAAUGAAAGAGAUAGCAUCACUGGAGGCACCGAUUGAGCCGGUCUCGGCGUGUAUGGGGGGUGGAACAAAGAACUAUUUGAGGCAGUUUGAGAGGGACUAGGGGUUCUACAGUGAAAUUGUAUAAUAAGAACUAACCCAAACAGCAAUAGGCAAGGCAUAAUUGACAUGGGAGAGAGGCAUAAAGCAAUCACAGGUGUUAUUAGAGAGAGCUAAGACAACAACUGGUAAUAGCGACAACGUUUGGGCUGAGGCUAAACAGAAUAAACAGGACAGGGUACCGUGUAAAGGAACAGUCCAGCAGGCAUCAGCUGUGCAGCUGAGUGAUCAUAAGGUCCAGUGAACAGCAAUAUGUGAGUCCGAGAGCAGUUCAAAUUGGUGCUUUCUGCACAGCUAGCAGGGAGCACAGUUGUAGUUUGCAUGUGCUAGCGGGCCGGGGCGUGCAUACAUUUUUGUGUAUGGGUGGUCCCGGGGAUCGAACCCACUACCUUGGCGUUACAAGCGCCGUGCUCUACCAGCUGAGCUACAGAGGACCACAUGAACUGUAACUGAGUAUAAUCAUCGAAAUUGUUGCAUGUUGCAUUUAUAUUUUUGUUCAGUGUAUAUAAAUAUAUAUAUAUAUGUGAAUAAUAAAAUAAAAUAAAGUUAUUCAAGUAUAAAUUACCAAAAUUACCAUAGAUUGCCAUAGAUUACCUGUUAAUUACCAAAAUUACAGAAGAUUCUGGUAACUUUGAUAAAUUACCAGUAGCUUUGCAACCCUAGCUGCACCUGUUUGACCAUUCCACAUGGACAUUUAGGGUAAUCCAUGGCAUUUAUGAUUGUUCAUCUCUAAAGAAGUCUGAUAUGCUAUCAGAGGUGUUACCCUCUCUUUCAGUCUCUCCCCUCUCUCUUUUUUAUGUCCCAUCCAUUAACCUCAAUAUCAUCUUGCAUCCCAUAGCAGUAAAGCUGGACACGCAAAGCAAGGUGCAGCCAAAAGUCACAGAUAAGGGGGAGUAGGCGCAUUUCUCGCUCAAAAAUUAUUUAAGAUCCUCUAUUUAAAAAGUUGUUUAAAGCAUUAACAUCUUUGGAAAAACAAAUGUACGUAAACUUUUUGUAAUUAAUCGGGAGUAUUUCCCCAUGUCUUGUUUUUAUUACCUCAGGUGUACGUGUUGAAGCGACCCAAUGUGGAUGAGUAUCUCAAAAGAAUGGGGGAGUUGUUUGAGUGUGUUCUGUUCACUGCCAGUUUAUCCAAGGUGAGUUCACUACUGAAUGCUACUGAAUGCUGAUUGAGAUAACUAAAGGUUUUAUUAAAUUAAAUUAAAGGUUGACAGGAUCUAACAUGUACUAGCCUUAAAGGGAAGUUCAUGAUUUUACAAUGUCGAUGUUAGAUGGUCCUCACCCUGAAAGUAGUCUAGAGGCCAGGAGAAACUUUAAUCCAUGGUUCGGUUUUCUUUAAACAGCCACUACAAACUUCAGAUAACUUUAGUCACCGCUAGCUAACAAUCAAUGGAAGUGAUGGGGUCAUCUAAAAUAUUAAACUUCCCCUUUAAGACUGUGAUGCUUGUUUGACAUGUUAUGUUUCGAAUUCUUAGAAACUUUGCCCUGCCAUUCUAAUCUGUUAUUCAUACACACACACACAUUUCACAAGAAAUGUGUAGACACACACAGCUUUCUGUGACAUACCAUCAGGGACAAUGUUGUGUGUGUUUUCCUUUUGUGCCAGUAUGCCGAUCCCGUCUCCGACCUGCUGGAUAAAUGGGGUGCCUUCCGACACCGUCUCUUCCGCGAGUCCUGCGUGUUCCACCAAGGAAACUAUGUUAAAGACCUGAGUCGGCUGGGCAGGGACCUCAACAAAGUUCUCAUAGUAGACAACUCCCCAGCUUCCUACAUCUUCCACCCUGACAAUGCUGUAUGGCAUUCCUACUUUUAUCUACCUGUAUACUAAUUUAUAAUACUAAGCCCUCAAUUCAAUCAAUUGCAGAUAAAGGAAAAAACUGCACUACAGUUGUAUCUGAGGUGCUAAAAAGGUGUCAGAUGCUCUUUAUGUGUGUUCAAUGGCAUUUCCAUUGAAAGGGAACCUUCAAAGGGGUAGUUACUUAUUCCUUUCAUAUUCCCUAAGGUGUUGUUGUUUCCUCCAAACAUGGUUAUUUAACAAAAUCCAGAAUAAUCCGGCUUGAUAGAAUUUCUUUGAGAACGUAGCACUGUUAGAGGAUAUAGAUUUGAUCCGUUUCUCAAAAGCGUGGGAGACCUAAUUAUUAUUAUUAUAAAAUCUUUAUUUAUUAAUCAAAGUCCCAUUGACACCGAUGUCUCUUGAUUCACAUAAUGUAUCAUAAACAUUCAAAGUACAUAAUAGGGAAUUAGUGAUACAAUUAAUACAAUCAAAGGCGGGAGCAUGAAAAAUACAGAAAUACAAUUUUAAAAAAACAUGUACAUUCCUCUGUGAACAGGUAAUUUCCCAAUGUCCUAAAAUGACCAAAAGACACUAGUGUGUCCAACUAUAGAGUAUUCUGAAAUGUGUUCCAUGUAUGUGGUGCGUAAAAACUGAAGGCUGUUUUACCUAAAUCGGUAGCAACAAAAAUAAUUUCAAGAAUGACCUAUUCCUGGGAGAGAGUAAGGUAUUUCAUACUUCUGUAUGUCGGGAGCGAUGUGAGGUAGUAUGGUAGUUUCUCCACGAGAGCUUUGUAAAUUAACAGAAGGCAAUGUUGCGUUAUCCAUGUUGCCAGAGACGUCUAGCCCAUUUUCUGGUACAGAUCACAAUUAUGUUCGCAAAAACGGUCACCCGUAAUAAAGCAGAAGGUGCAAUGAUAAACAGCAUCAAGUGGUUUUAAAGAAGAGGCAACUGCGCUCAUAGAUUUCGCCAUAGCAAAGGGCUGACAGGAAAGUCGACUAUCAAGUUUCCUACUAUCAAGUGAAAGGUACGUUAUAUUUCUGUAGAAGAAGCCCAGUUAAAUUCUCCGUUUCUUUGUUAGCUCAUCAACAUGUGUUUUAAAUGACAACUUGUCAUCGAUCCAAAUGCCACGGUUUAUUUAUAUGAGGGGACUCGCUGAAUUUGGGCUCCAUUCAACGGGCAGAUAUGUAAGUUUGUGGGGCCAAUUGCGAUUUGACACAGUCAGCAACAAUACAUUGAGAUCUAUCCAUACGGUAUUUUAUUUUAUCAACCACAUGCAUUACUAUGAAGUCCGACAGAGGACAACGUAUGCAAUAACGAUGAAUGUUCCACAGUGUCGAAAGCAUUAGAUAGGUCUAUAAACAAGGCAGUAAAAUGCUGUUUUUUUAAUCAUCUAGAGAGCAUGCAAGAUCAUUGACAACAGGGUAUGCAGCUGUCUAAAUCCAGAUUUAUUUGUAUUAAGGAUACAGUUCCUGGUUAAGAAGGAGCGAAGUUAAGAGUUUAUCAGUAACCACUUUUCCAUCCAACCAUUUCAUGCAGAUUAAUUACCUGACGCAUGGAAAAAGUCUCGACCGGAUUGAUGGUAAUAUAAAAUGCCAGUACAAUUUUAUAAAUGCCGACAGACAAUUUGUUUGUUCGACGUGGUGGGAUCUUUUUGUGUUGGUAAAAUGAAUUAUGCGAGAAAUAGCGGUGGAAAAGCCUUUAUGCGCAAAUAUUGAUAUAAUAACCAUCAUAUCGAAGUAAACUUGGAGUCAUAUGUUGUGUGGUCCUCCCACUACGACUCGGGAAAGCAUGCAGUUUAUUAGGCUACAGAUGAAAUAAGUUAUGAUGAACUUCAUAGGGUGGUGAAUAUGCAAGGUGAUGAGCUUGAUGCUCCAUUCCAAUAAAUAUUGAGGGUCUUAUUCUGGUGACAUGAUGAUCGAUGUUUGACAAAUACAAAUAAAUCGCUCUUAUCCAUAAUAGUCUCAUAAUGUAGCUAGCCAAUCUGCACUGUAUCUGCAAGCUGUUGGCUAGAGCGCAUGUGCAAUGACCAGAGUAGGCACAUUUGCUAUAUAACGCAACAGCUUUUCUUACAAAACCAUCAGUAGAGUUGAAAAUGCGAUGGAAACCCAUUAUUUUGUAUUUAUUUUUUCAUUCGGUACAUGGGAACUUAACGGCAAAAUUAAUUUUUAUGUGCACUACAUCAUCACGCACAGCCUUUUAUCUGCAAAAAGUCAGUUUGAUGGAAACACAUCUCUGGUGGUGAAAUGCGAAUAUAGUUUUAUGCAGAUUUUUGAAUAUUUGCAUGAAACUCUGUCGCAAAUUGGAUGGAAACCUAGUUACUGAAUCGCUUGCUUUUCAAUGAACCGCUAACUAAUACAAUCUGUUUCCACUAGCAUUCCUACAUUCUCCAAACAUGCUAGCGAAUAUAUUUUGGACAUUGCUGCAUAACUUGCUAACAAAUGGUAAAACAGUUUGGAGGAAACGAUAACCCCCUGGAGAAGUAGAAAAUAACCUAAAACUUAAAGAAGUCUUUAGUGAUAGUUGACCUUUUUGAAGUUUUAGUUUAUUUUCAACUUUUCUUUUCCAACUAUCACUAAACACUUCUUUAAGGCAUUUUUUGGGGGGUGGUUAGACAGAUUUUUUCAGUAUAUUAUUUCAGAACAGCAUGUGUGAUACAGAUGUUGGAUCUUAAUAUAUAUAUAUAUAUAUUAAUAUAUACAGUGGGGAGAACAAGUAUUUGAUACACUGCCGAUUUGACAGGUUUUCCUACUUACAAAGCAUGUAGAGGUCUGUAAUAUUUAUCAUAGGUACACUUCAACUGUGAGAGACGGAAUCUAAAACAAAAAUCCAGAAAAUCACGUUGUAUGAUUUUUAAGUAAUUAAUGUGCAUUUUAUUGCAUGACAUAAGUAUUUGAUACAUCAGAAAAGCAGAACUUAAUAUUUGGUACAGAAACCUUUGUUUGCAAUUACAGAGAUCAUACGUUUCCUGUAGGUCUUGACCAGGUUUGCACACACUGCAGCAGGGAUUUUGGCCCACUCCAUACAGACCUUCUCCAGCUCCUUCAGGUUUCGGGGCUGUCGCUGGGCAAUACGGACUUUCAGCUCCCUCCAAAGAUUUUCUAUUGGGUUCAGGUCUGGAGACUGGCUAGGGCACUCCAGGACCUUGAGAUGCUUCUUACAGAGCCACUCCUUAGUUGCCCUGGCUGUGUGUUUCGGGUCGUUGUCAUGCUGGAAGACCCAGCCACGACCCAUCUUCAAUGCUCUUAUAUUUUUUUAGUCAUUUUAGCAAACGCUCUUAUCCAGUGCAUACAUUAUUAUUUUUUUCAUACUGGCCCCCCGUGGGAAUCGAACCCACAACCCUGGUGUUGCAAACACCAUGCUCUACCAACUGAGCUACAUCCCUGCCGGCCAUUCCCUCCUCUACCCUGGACGACGCUGGGCCAAUUGUGCGCCACCCCAUGGGUCUCCCGGUCGCAGCCGGCUACGACAGAGCCUGGUUUCGAACCAGGAUCUCUAGUGCCUUAGACCACUGCGCCACUCAGGAGGUUGAGGUUUGAGCCAGUAUGCUACAGCAAGAAAAGAAUCCUGCAGCAACCGGAAAUGUGAAUUAGCAUGUGGAUUAUAAUUAAUGGACAUUUUUGUAAGGGCUGAUACAUUUUUCUGAAAGUGGAAAUUACGAACUUCAGAAGCCUUUUUAAACCUCAAAUACUAUACAAGUUUAAAAUGUCCUGCAUCGCAGGAAAGUUCCCCUGCAACAGGGUGAUCAAAUUAAGAUCCUAUAUCUGUAUCACUGAUGUUCUCUGCAAAAUAAUGUCUGCGGCUUCCAUAGUUAGGUACAGUUAACAAAAAUAUAAACGCAACAUGCAACAAUUUCUAAGAUUUUACUGAGUUUCAGUUCAUAUCAGGAAAUCAGUCAAUAGAAAUAAAUUAAUUAGGCCCUAAUCUAUGGAUUUCACAUGACUGGGAAUACACAUAUGCAUCUGUUGGUCACAGAUCACCUUUUUUUUUAAAGUAGGGGCGUGGAUCAGAAAACUAGUCAGUAUCUGGUGUGACCACCAUUUGCCUCAUACAGCGCGACACAUCUCCUUCGCAUAGAGUUAAUCAGGCUGUUGAUUGUAGCCUGUGGAAUGUUGUCCCACUCUUCUUCAAUGGCUGUGCGAAGUUGCUGGAUGUUGGCGGGAACUGGAACAUGCUGUCGUACACAUUGAUCCAGAGCUUCCCAAACGUGCUGAAUGGGUGACAUGUCUGAGUAUGCAGGCCAUGGAAGAACUGGGACAUUUUCAGCUUCCAGGAAUUGUGUACAGAUCCUUGCGACAUGGGCCAUGCAUUAUCAUGCUGAAACAUGAGGUGAUGGCGGUGGAUGAAUGGCACGACAAUGGGCUUCAGGAUUUCAUCACGGUAUAUCUGUGCAUUCAAAUUGCCAUAGAUUAAAUGCAAUUGUGUUCUACAGCUUAUGCCUGCCCAUACUAUAACCCCACCGCCACCAUGGGGCACUCUGUUCACAACGUUGACAUCAGCAAACUGCUCGCCCACACGAUGCCAUCUGCCAUCUCCCCGGUAAAGUUCAAACCAGGAUUCAUCCAUGAAGAGCACACUUCUCCAGCGUGCCAGUGGCCAUCGAAGGAGAGCAUUUGCCCACAGAAGUCGGUUACGACUCCGAACUGUAGUCAGGUCAAGACCCUGAACUGUAGUCAGGUCAAGACUCUGAUGAGGACGGCGAGCACGCAGAUGAGCUUCCCUGAGGCGGUUUCUGACAGUUUUGUGCAGAAAUGCUUCAGUUCUGCAAACCCACAGUUUAAUCAGCUGUCCAGGUAGCUGGUCUCAGACGAUCCCGCAGGUGAAGAAGCCGGAUGUGGAGGUCCUGGGCUGGCGUGGUUACACGUGGUCUGCGGUUGUGAGGCCGGUUGGACGUACUGCCAAAUUCUCUAAAACGACGUUGUAGAGAAAUGAACAAUCAAUUCUCUGGCAACAGCUCUGGUGGACAUUCCUGCAGUCAGCAUGCCAAAUUCACGCUACAUCAAAACUUGAGACAUCUGUGACAUUGUGUUGUGUGCACAUUUUAGAGUGUCUCCUAUAUAAUGAUCAUGCUGUUUAAUCAGCUUCUUGAUAUGCCACACCUGUCAGGUGGAUGGAUUAUCUUGGCAAAGGAGAAAUGCUCACUAACAGGUACAGUAUGUAAACAAAUGUUGCACAACAUUUUAUAGAAAGAAGCUUUUUGUGCGUAUGGAACAUUUCUGGGAUCUUUUAUUUCAGCUCAUGAAACAUGGGACCAAACUUUACAUGUUGCAUUUAUAUUUUUGUUCAGUGUAAUUUUGGUGGUUAUGGGUAAAGAAUAUGCUCCAAUGGAGAAAUGUGAGAUCAGUGUAAAUGUACCAAACUAACAGCAUGCAGCCUCUCAAACCCAUACUUCCUGUUCGAGAUUCAUGGCUUUCGUGAUGCAAUGUCUAUCUAAAAAUGUGUUUCAUAUGUUCACCUAUGACCUAUUCAUGAGAAUGUGAAUUUUCACAUUCUUAUGAAUAGAUUAACUUUUUUUAUUUACGAUUAGAUUUUAUUUCUGCAUAUACCAUUACGCAUAUACAUAUAACUAACUCAAUGGUACACAUAGAUUUGUGCCAUUAUGUAAGAAACUUGACUUUGUUUAUGACUUCGCCUUUUCACACACUCAGGUCCCCGUAACAUCCUGGUUCGACGACAAGGCAGAUACAGAGCUACUAGAUCUCAUCCCACUCUUCGAGAGACUAAGCAAAGUGGAUGAUGUCUACAAUAUUCUCAAACAGCAGAGGACUGCAAGCUAG